CGUACCUUUACUGUGAUUCUUUGUGUUGGAUAACCGACAAAAAGGGCCUAUGGACCAAAAAGGACUAUGGAGGUACCACCAGCUGAGUCGGUGAUAUCCGGGAAUACGGAGGAGGACUGGCAAAUCUUUGAGGUGCUCUGUAAAGACAUGAAAAUGGACGAACCUGAAGUAGACGCCACCACUUCUUUGCGCAGCGAGAUAGCUGCGCUGCAGUACAAACGCGACCGCCUGACCACCGACCUGGAAGAGAUGCGUUCGCAGGUGCGCGCGCGCGACCAGCAUUGCCUGGAGCUGCAGCUGGAGACGGACCAGCUGCGCGAGCAGGCUGCGCGGCAGGGCGCGAUCGUGCAGGGCCUGAAGAAGCGGGUGCACGAGCUGGAGGAGCGCGAGCGGGGGCUGACGGCUGCGCAGGGAAGACACGAGGUGGCGCUGCAGACUGCGCACAGGGAUGUCAGGUACAACGAAGAAAAACUCAAGGAGCUCGAAGCCAGAGCCAGGAACCUGGAAAUGGACCUCACUGCUGAGGAGCAAAAGAAAGAAUCGGCCAGGCAGCAGUUGCAAGAUUUCGUUAGGAGGCUCUCGGUGGCUCUUGGUGCAGAAAUACUAGACUACUCACACGUAUCACCUGAAACAUUGGUCCAUAAAGCUGCAGAGCUAGUCCAGGAGACCUCCAGACUCCGUUCGAAGGCCUCAAACAUCCACGACACCCUUGGAACUGUAGAGAUCGACCUGCGCACUUGCAGGGAAAACCUUGAACGAGCGCUCGCUGACAAAGAAUGUCUGCAACGUCAAUCUGCUGCGCAAAUACUGGAAAUCGAUAGAUUGAGACAAGAAAAAGAAAAUGUGGAGAUGCAAAACAGAGUGACAGAGAGGGAGUUGAAUGAGCUGAAAGACAAACUGGCAUUGUCAAACAGGAGCUUGGGGAGUGCUUCAGGGAACAUUGCCCAACAGGAGUCAAUGAUUUGCCAACUCAGAGACGAGUUGAAAAUCAAAGAGGAAAAAAUCCAACGUCUUCAUGCCGACUACAAACACACCUUAGAGUCCCUGGCGAUAAUGCUGAGUACCCCAUCCAGAUUCGUUGAUUCUCUAGAAGAAGUGAUCAAGGACAGAAUCCACGAAAUUCUCGACGACAACAAAGAUAAAUCAGCUCAAUUGGAAGCUUUUCGAGAAAAACUGAACCAGGAGAGUCAACAGCUCUCCAGACACGUGUCACUCUACGAUCAGGCUAUGUCACGCAUCCGUUCGUUGGAAGACGAGAAGAAUCAUUUGGAGGCAAGACUUCACAAAGCUGACGCUGAAGCAAGUGCAUGCGAAAUUUCCAUUGAUGGACUGAAAAGGGACAAAUCCACGUUCAUGAACUUCCUAGACCGUUUAGCGAGAGCGCUGAAUAUGGAUGAGAUCUCGCAUGAUUUGGGAGUGGAUUUGCAUACUGAAUCUCUUCUGCUCAGAGCAGAACAGCUAGCUAGACUGGAGAGUGAGAAAUUAGUUGACAAGACUGCGGCAGUCUACCAGCUUCAAAGGAGGGUACGAACCCUACGGGAACAGCUCCAGAGGAAAGACCUUCACCUGGACCUGCUUCGGAGGAAGCUGUCUCUGCAAGAAGACACAGUCAAGACCAAGUGUCUGUUGCAGAGCGAGAGAGACGAAGCCAACGUCCGUGUCAAGAAGCUCGUGAAGCAGGUCGAUCGACUGCAGCUGCAGCUAUCUGAAGCGAAGAGUCAGAUCAGGGAAUUGAAUUCGCAGCUGGCUGAAGCUGCGGAUUAUAAGAUAACUUCGUUGGAACGCGGCAGGAAGAUCGAAGACCUCCAGAAACGACUCAUCGAGUCGGAGUCUCUCCGCACCAAGUACAACCGCAAGAUGUCCCUGCUCAAGGACCAAGUGCGCACUACCAGCGAGACCAUCGACCAGGAGAGGAACGUCAGCGAUCGCUCGCUUCAGCUGCUCAGAGACGAACUGGCGAGAACCAAAGACGCGCUGUCAGAGGUGCAAAGGAGAGACACGCAGUGCCAGAACUUCAAGCAUUCGGUGGCCAAGAUACUGGGGGUGGCGUUGCCAAUGCCUGACUACGAGUUGAUUUCCAGACUCCAAAAACUCGUCGAUGCCCACCACGACUUCACCAUCGUCUCCCGAAGAUACGACGACCCCGUCCUGCGGCUGACUGCCCGGAGUCCUACUGGGGGCAGCCGUAUCAGCACCCGCACCCCGGAUCGCUCCCGCUACGACGACUCCGGGUACACUGAUCCGGUCGACCUCGACGACGACGACGACGAGUUGUUCAAAAGGGGGAAUAGGCCCAUGUGACGAACGCAUUUCAGGGAUUAUUAGUUGUUUAUUUAGGAACUUAUUAAUCUUCUGUAGUAGUCCAUUCUCGAAGUGGAGUGGAAAGAUCAAG